AUGACGGGUAGAUGGAUGACAAGUAAAGUGAAUGCCAUUGCUGCUGCUGCUGCUACUGCUGCUGUUGCUACUGCUGCUGUUGCUACUGCUGCUGUUGCUACUGCUGCUGAAGUUAGACAUCACAUCUCAUCUAUAAAUGGUCGAAACGAAGCGGCCGCAUCUCAGUGCAUCGUAUACUUUGGGCAAAUGGAAGGAUUGGAAUCAUCCGGACCGAUGACCAGCAAUAGCUCGGAUCCGUUGCUAUCAGCUACAUUACCAAGUUCAUCACCUCCACAACCGGAUAGCUACCGGAAUCAUAUCCGUGAUGAUAAUUAUUCGGCUCAUAGCCGUAAUAGUCCACAUAGUCAAAGUGCUGGCACAACAACAGCAUUCAAUCAGUACACAACGCUAACACCCCUUCAACCGCUUCCGCCUAUUUCAACCGUUACUAAUUCAUCCGUUAAAUUUAAUCGUUCCACGGCAAGUCCUGCUGUAACCGAAUCACCUUCCGGUACUCCUUCUAGUGGUACUCUGUUUUUUCAACAAACUCCAACAAAUUCUAUGCCAGGUUCAUUGAAUUUUGGUUCAUUUGCAUAUAAUGUGAACAUUAAAUAUGUUUAUGAUAUGAAAAAUGAACCGGAUACGGAAGAUGGACAAUCAGCUGAUUCGAAUAAUGAUAGUAGGAAUGAAUAUACAACACCCGUUACCUUACAUCAACAGCUUCAUCAACUUCCAGAACCUUUUUCACCUUCUCAAUCGCCAUACGUACCGUCAUAUAGCGGUGUCCUAGAACCGAAACAGGAAAAAUUGGAUUUCAUCAGUUCAACUUCAUACAAUACAUUUAAUGGUCCAAGCGAUAUUUUGGAUACAGAAACAAUGGAAACUGUCAAAAGGAAGAAUAAGGCAUGGCGAGGCGUUUAUAGUGGAAUUUAG